AUGGCAACCAUCCAGGAUGAUGACGAACUUCUCUUGGCUCGAAUUGGCUAUAAGCAGGAGUUGCGGCGAGAAUUUUCUAAAUGGUCUACUGUUUCCUAUGCCAUCUCUAUCCUGGGAGUUUUGGGAUCUGUCCCGGCCACAUUUGGGUCACCACUAUCAGCUGGAGGUCCAGCAACUGCCGUAUGGUGCUGGUUUAUCGGCUCCUGCAUGGCCAUGUGUAUUGGCAGUUCCGUCGCAGAGUUAGUAUCAGCAUAUCCCACAGCAGGUGGAAUGUACUUUGUUACAAAACAUGUUGUACCUGCCGAUCAAGUCCCGAUCUUCUCAUGGGUUCAGGGCUGGUGCAACCUCUUGGGCCAGACGGCAGGUGUCUCAAGUGUGGCAUACUCUGUUAGCCAGAUGUUGUUGGCUUGCGUGAGUAUGAACUCGGAUUUGGUAGAUGGCCAAUAUUCAUAUUCACCUACUGCACUCCAGACGGUCCUGGUUUCCAUUGGAAUAUUGUGCAUUCUUGGUGUUAUCUGCUCGUUGACUACAAAGAACUUGCAUCGAAUCAUUAUUUGUUUCGCCCCAAUCAACAUCGCUGCUACUAUCGGUAUUUGCAUUUCCCUAAUUUAUCUCACUCCAGAUAAGCAGCUAGCCUCGUGGGUGUUUACACACUUCACAGACGGGUCUGGGUGGAACUCGAAAGUAUUCUCUUUUUUCUUGGGAUUCAUAUCUGUUGCAUGGACAAUGACCGAUUAUGAUGGCACAACUCACAUGUCGGAAGAGACCCAUGAUGCAGCUGUGCGAGGUCCUGUAGCUAUCAAGACAGCUGUAAUUGUUAGCGGUGCAUUUGGAUGGCUCCUAACAGUCUGCAUGUGCUUCUGUCUAACUGACUUCGAAGCUAUUCUCAACUCGCCGACAGGCCUCCCAGCAGCCCAGAUCUUCCUCAAUGCCGGUGGAAAGCGCGGCGGUACAGUCAUGUGGUCUUUCGCCAUUCUCGUCCAGUUCUUCACAGGCUGCUCAGCUAUGCUGGCUGAUACCAGAAUGGCGUAUGCUUUCGCCAGAGACAAGGCCCUCCCUUUCUCUGACUUUCUAUCAAAGGUCAACUCGCAUACCCGUACCCCUGUCAACGCCGUUUGGUUCGUGGUUUUCUUCAGCAUUUGUCUAAACUGCAUUGCUAUCGGCUCUACCGAGACAGCAUCUGCCAUCUUCAAUGUCACUGCACCAGCCCUUGAUCUGUCCUAUGUCUCUGUGAUUCUGGCACAUCAAAUCUACAAGUCCAAGGUUAAGUUCAUUGAGGGACCCUUUACUCUUGGCAGAUGGCGAACUCCCAUCAAUUAUAUUUCUGUCACCUGGGUUAUCUUUAUAAGUAUCAUUCUCUUCUUCCCAGCACAACUACCCGUGACAGGAGCCAAUAUGAACUAUGCGAUCUGCGUUGCUGCCUUCAUCGGUGUGUUCUCCUUGUUCUGGUGGUGGGUUGAUGCUCGAGGAAAAUAUACCGGUCCACAAACAGAUGAUACUAUCCACGAAAUUCCAGCGGAUGAUGCUUCCAUUUAG